CUUUACAUUUUGAAAAAAAGAGAUCUUUAUAAAAUACUUUAUCUAAAACGAUCGAGAACUUUGUCAUGGCUGUCCUAAUAAGAAUAACAAUUUGUGUUUUGAUGCUUUUUGCUGAGGAAUUUACGAUAAUAGAGGGGAACCAUGUGGUGGUAAGCCUGAAACUACUGUCCUACUCCAACAAGCUACACCAGUACCUGGACGGUAACAAUAAAACGACCCACUACUGCUGCGGGACAGACACGCGCAGCACCGGAAACUGCUCCAUCGUCUGCGACCCGUCCAUAGAGGUCAACCUCAGGUUUGGUACAAACCGCCCUAUUAAACAACGGUACGAGAGUGGGCCACUUGGGAACCACGAAACGUUCAAUUUCCAGAACCUUUCGAUGGUUGGCUCCUUACCAAAUCCAAUACACAUAGAUAUUCCUAACUGGAAUGGGAGUAACACAUUGGUUGAGUUUUUAAUAUACGAUGGUAACCAGAGAAAUCGUACGUUAGCGCAAGAACUCUUCAGCAUAACCCAAACGACUACUGCAAAGCCAUCGUCUACGACGCUCUACAAUUAUUUGACCAGAGCUACAAUAAUAGCAACAGUUCUGUGUGAUCCUCAUUUCUUUGGAGACGACUGUUCAAAGAACUGCUUAAGAUACGCCAAUGGCAGCCAUGGGAGGUGUAAUGCCACGGGACAGCUGCAAUGUGACCAACACUAUUUUGGACCUAAAUGCACCAUAUUUUGCGUUGAUAAAAACAACGGAUCAUGCAAUGAUUAUGGAAACCUAAUCUGUGACGAUCAUUUCUAUGGAGACGAGUGCUCUAGAUAUUGUGUCGAUACUACACAUGGGAAUUGUUCAGGGGCUGGAUAUUUAUAUUGUCAAGACGGCUAUACCGGGAAUCAAUGUGAAAGCAAGAUUCGAGAAUGCACAAAAACACCCUGUAAGAAUGGAGGGACGUGUUUUGACCUGGCAGACGGAAACUUUACCUGUUCGUGUAGGACCGGAUGGUCUGGAACAAACUGUGAGCAGGACAUUGAUGAAUGUCUUUCGAACGUUUGUCAAAACAAUGGCACGUGUAGUAACCUGAAUGGAACCUACCAAUGCACGUGUCCGGUUGGAUUGUUCGGUAGAAACUGUGAAAGCGACGUCAACGAGUGUUCGAUAUACAUGCCUUGUAAACAUGGAGCGGCUUGUAUCGAUGUGAUUGGUGGCUAUGUAUGUGUGUGUCCGUCAAACUGGUCAGGGAAAAAUUGCACUGAAGACAUUGAUGAAUGCCUCAAUGAUCCAUGCAACGGUCAUGGAAAUUGUUCAAACACACCUGGUUUUUACACCUGCUCCUGUGACGUAGGCUGGAAUGGAACUCAUUGUAAUAGAGAUAUAGAUGAAUGUGUAUUGUACAGUCCAUGUCAAAAUGGAGGUUCCUGUCAGAAUAGAGAUGGAUCUUAUAGGUGUUCUUGUUUUUCCAACUGGACAGGUGAUAACUGCCAAAUGGAUUUCAAUGAAUGCUCAAAUCCCGGUUUUUGUUCUGGACAUGGUAACUGCACUAACUUAUUUGGAAGUUUUCAUUGUGCGUGUAAUUCCGGAUAUGAAGGCGACAAGUGUCAAAACGAUAUUGAUGAAUGCAAUAGAAAAGAUGUCUGUCUUAAUGGUGGUACUUGCAUAAACAAACUUGGUUCUUAUGAAUGUUCGUGUCCUCCGAAUUAUCAAGGACCAGACUGCUCCUCUGAUGUUGACGAAUGUUUAUCAAACAACAUAUGCAACAGUGGAAACUGUACGAACACAGAUGGUGGGUUUCUAUGUAACUGUGACCGCGGAUGGUCCGGUGCAACUUGUGACACCAAUAUAAAUGAGUGCUUAAACAACGUUUGUAAAAAUGGAGGUACUUGUCGGGAUUCUGUUGGAAGUUACGAGUGCCUGUGUCCACCAAAUUGGUCCGGACCUUCGUGUGAGGAUGAUGUAAAUGAAUGUUCGAUAGGAACAUGUAGACAUGUGACCCUCUGCGAGAAUUCUCCUGGAUCAUAUAAUUGUCAUUGCCAAGAGGGUUGGGUGGGUAAAUCUUGUGAUCAGGAUCUAAACGAGUGUGCUUUUGAUAAACUGUGUUCCAAGCAAAACAGUUAUAACUGUACGAACACGGACGGAAGUUAUUCAUGCCAUUGCAAACCUGGCUGGAAAAACAAAGCAUGCACUGAUGAUAUAGACGAAUGUCAAAACAACAUCCUGUCGUGUGAAAAUGGCGGGAGCUGUAGAAACAGCCUUGGUAGUGCCCACUGCGACUGUCCCCCAGAGUGGACAGGCAAACGAUGCGAGCAGGAUGUCAAUGAGUGUUACAGUGAGGUCUGCCUUCAUGGGUCAACAUGUAACAACUUUGCAGGUGGGUACAACUGUUCCUGUUUGCAGGGUUGGAGAGGGCGACGUUGCGACAAAGACAUCAACGAAUGCCAAGCUAACACGUGCGUGCACGCUAAAUCCUGCUCCAAUUUAGAGGGAUCGUUCCACUGCGAGUGUUUGGAUGGAUGGAGGGGUUUGAAGUGUGACCAAGAUAUAAAUGAGUGUGCGCGUGAGAAAUGUUCAGGUUUUGGGGGGUGUUAUAAUACCCCGGGAUCGUACACUUGCAAAUGCCAAGAUGGACACCAGGGCACUUCCUGUGAGAUAAUGCAAGGAAAAACAUCAACAGCUGUCGUCAUUAGAGAGAAGGUUCUUCUGGAGUUCAAUGGACACGUGACAGAAACAGACGUCAGCAAAAUAAAAGAUGCUCUACAACAGAUAUGCUCCACGAUUUGCCAUGACAUUACCGUUUUACUUAAUGACCAUGUUUUGUCGUAUAGCAAUGGAAGAACGGAUUUCGAAGUUCCGGUAGUUUGUGAUGGCAAGAUGCUAAAGAAUGGAGACCUGAAGACAAGAUUAAACAAGAUGUCAGCAAAGGAAGUGGGCGCAAUUUUUCCAUUUGAGCUUGUAGGGAAAGAGUUAAAGAAAUCUGGUGAAAACGAGGACUGGGUGACUAAUAACAUUCCUCUUCUAGCAGGUGCAGGCGGGGGUGUCAUUUUGGUAGUCAUCGUCAUUAUUGUAUUCCUUAAAUUAAAAAAAAGGAACGGUCGCCACAACAAAAAAUCCAAUAUGGCCGACGAUCCGUACCUAGACUGCACAGUUGGACAAGAUUCAGCGGUCAUGAAUGAAAAUCCUUUGUACUUCAUCACAAAUAUAGAGGAAGACGACGAUACGCAUGUGUGAACAGACAGGAAACUUGUUAUCAACGGAAAAGUGAUCUUGAUAGCAUUGCGCUAGCUGGUCCCGGUUUAUUUGUAUUUUACAUGUAUGUUGUGUUUCUAUGUAGAGUCGAAGGUGGUCAUUGACAUUAUUUCGAUGAUUUUGAUAACGAAAGAGAAUCCGAUCAGUGACCUCGUAGAUUAUAUGGAUUACAGAAGGUUUGACAGUUAAUACCACCGUUCCUGCAUUACUUGCUGUGUUCUCUCAUAUGAUUUCUCAUCUUGUACCCAAAACGAUCGACGUUGAAUUGAAAACGUGAAAUAUUUUUAAGAACUUGUAUAUGUCUUCGUAUUGUCAUGUAUAUACACAUGUUCUAGUAUUUACUAGUAUUUAACUCAUUACGUUGAGACCAUUAUCGUAGAUACAAUUGGUAUGCAUAAAAAGCCUUAGGCGAAUACCCUUACGAUACAUGUAAUUGGGCAAUGGAAUGUAACGAAAAAUUCAAUAAUAAAAUUUAUACAAGUAUUUGUUUUAAAGUUAAAAUUUAUUAACUUUUGUAUUAGAAGAAAAUG